CAUCGCGUGUUUUUCUCCUUAUUUAAAUUCCCCCCCUCAUUUCAGAGCAUUUGCAAGAAUUCUCCCUUCUCUGUCUGUCUCUCUCUGCUGCAAUGGCGUCGUCUGAAAGUGUCGUCGGAUUCGUAGGCUUAGAUGAUCUGAGCUUAGAAAUGGCCUCUCUCCUCAUUCAAGCAGGAUUCAGAGUCCAGGCUUUCGAGGAGUCGGAGGCUGUUAUGAAUGGUUUUGUUAAGCUGGGUGGAUCAAAGUGCUCAAGUCCUAUGGAGGCUGGGAGAGAUGCUGCAUGUGUGAUAGUAUUCAUCUCUUCUGCAGACCAAUUAAACAAUAUAUUCUCUGGGAAUGAGGGCGUUGUGAAAGGGUUGCCCAAAGAUGCAGUCGUCUUGGUCCGGUCAACAAUAUCACUAGCUCAUAUUCAGAAGUUUGAGAAGCAUAUUAUAGAGGGUGGUGCUCAAUUUUUUGUAGAUGUACACGUGUUUAGGGGAGUUUCAAAGUCUUUAGAUGGAAGAAUUGUGAUUAUUGCAUCUGGAAGGAAGGAGGCAAUUGCAAAGGCAAAACCUUUGCUCUCUGCAAUGAGUGUGAAGCUUUACAUUCUUGAGGGUGAAGUUGGUGCUGGAAGUAAAGUGAGAAUGGUAAUCGAGCUGCUUGAGGGCAUUCAUCUUGUCGCUUCUCUGGAGGCUAUGUUUCUGGGCACCCAAGCUGGACUACAUCCAUGGAUUCUUUAUGACAUAAUCUCCAAUGCUGCUGGAAGCUCAUGGAUUUUUGCAAAUCGUGUUCCCAGAAUGUUAAAAAGCAAUCAAACCAAAUGUCAUUCUCUUGAGACUUCUGUGGACAAUCUGGGCUUUGUAUUGGAUAUGGCCAAAUCCCUUACGUUUCCUCUUCCACUUUUAGCAGUGGCUCAUCAACAGCUUCUUUACGGAUCUUCAUGCAAAUCUGGAGAUGAUGACGAUGCUACACGAAUAAAGGUUUGGGAGAAAACACUUGGAAUCAGUGUUAUAGAUGCAUCGAAUAUGGAAUCCUAUAGCCCUAAGGAACUUGCACAUCAAAUCACAACCACAUCAGAUAGUGUUAAAAGAAUUGGUUUUAUUGGUCUUGGAGCAAUGGGCUUUGGCAUGGCAACACACCUGCUAAGAUCAAACUUCUGCGUUAUCGGUUAUGAUGUGUAUGGGCCAUCACUAUCUCGGUUUGCAGAUGCUGGUGGUUUAGUUGGGAACACUCCUGCAGAAGUAUCUAAAGAUGUAGAUGUGCUUAUAAUUAUGGUGACAAAUGAAAAUCAAGCUGAAAGUGUUCUAUAUGGAGAUAACGGCUCAAUAUCAGCCCUUCAAGCUGGAGCAUCUAUUAUACUCUCAUCUACAGUCUCUCCUGGAUUUGUGACCAGGCUAGAACGACGCUUGUUGGAUGAACAGAGAGAUUUGAAGUUGGUGGAUGCUCCUGUCUCUGGUGGUGUUAAGAAGGCAGCAGAUGGGACACUCACGAUAAUGGCUUCAGGUACAGAUGAAGCUCUUAAGUGUACUGGUUCUGUUCUCUCAGCACUAAGUGAGAAUCUCUACAUCAUCAAAGGCGGUUGUGGAGCUGGAAGUUGUGUAAAGAUGAUCAAUCAACUGCUUGCUGGAGUUCACAUAGCUACAGCAGCAGAGGCCAUGGCAUUUGGAGCUCGAUUGGGUUUAAAUACUAGAAUGCUAUUUGAAGUUAUUACGCACAGUAGAGGAACAUCAUGGAUGAUUGAAAAUCGUGUGCCACACAUGAUAGAUAAUGACUACACACCAGACUCUGCACUUGAUAUCUUUGUGAAGGAUCUGGGCAUUGUGACUCGUGAGAGCACAUUCCGUAAAAUUCCACUUCAUAUUUCUACUGUUGCGCACCAGCUGUUCAUUGCAGGGUCUGCUGCUGGCUGGGGACGGUGUGAUGAUGCUGGAGUAGUCAAGGUGUAUGAGAAGCUCACAGGUGUUGCAGUUGAAGGAAAACUUCCAGUAUUGAGGAAAGAGGAUGUCUUGAAUUCCCUUCCAUCUGAGUGGCCCAAGGAUCCCAUUGAAGAUAUUCAGAAAAUGGAAUCUCAAAGUUCUUCAAAGGUUUUAGUUGUUCUAGAUGAUGAUCCAACUGGAACUCAAACUGUUCACGACAUUGAAGUCUUAACAGAGUGGAAUGUCGAGUCACUGGUUGAGCAGUUCAGUAAAAGGCCAACGUGUUUUUUCAUUUUAACUAAUUCUCGAUCACUGAGUUCCGAAAAGGCUGCUUUGUUGACAAAGGACAUUUGUAGAAACAUAGACAUUGCAGCUAAAUCAGUUGAAAACAUUGGCUACACCGUGGUGCUGAGAGGUGAUUCGACUCUCCGUGGUCACUUUCCAGAGGAAGCAGAUGCAGCUGUUUCAGUUCUAGGUGAGAUGGAUGCAUGGAUCCUCUGCCCUUUCUUUCUCCAGGGAGGGCGUUACACUAUUGAAGAUGUACACUAUGUUGCUGCUUCCGAUAGGCUUGUUCCGGCAGGGGAGACUGAGUUUUCUAAAGAUGCUGUCUUUGGCUAUAAAGCUUCCAACCUCUGCGAGUGGGUUGAGGAGAAAACAGAAGGCCGCGUACCAGCCGCAAGUGUUGCUUCUGUUUCUAUUCAGCUUUUGCGAAAAGAAGGACCAAGCGCCGUUUGUAAGCAGCUCUGCAACUUGCAAAAGGGAACAAUUUGUAUUGUUAAUGCAGCUAGUGAAAGAGACAUGGCUGUAUUUGCAGCAGGAAUGAUUCAGGCGGAGAUGAAGGGGAAGCGUUUCUUAUGCCGCACUGCCGCUAGCUUUGUAUCUGCUCGAAUUGGUAUAAAACCAAAGCCUCCAAUCUCUCCAAAAGACUUAGGGAUAGAUAAAGAAAGGAAUGGUGGUCUCAUAGUUGUAGGAUCAUAUGUUCCAAAAACCACAAAGCAGGUUGAAGAGCUUCACUCACAAUGUGGCCACUUCCUAAAAACAAUAGAGAUAUCUGUUGAGAAACUUGCCAUGAAGUCAUUGGAAGAGAGAGAGGAAGAGAUCAGCCGCACAGCAGAGAUGGCAGAUGUUUUUCUUAGAGGCCGGAAAGACACUCUUAUAGUGACAAGCCGCGAGCUCAUUAAAGGAAGCUCUCCUUCCGAGAGUUUAGAAAUAAAUUUCAAAGUCAGCUCAGCAUUGGUGGACAUUGUUAGACGGAUAAAUACACGACCUCGUUAUAUACUUGCCAAGGGUGGCAUUACCUCAUCCGAUCUCGCUACAAAAGCUUUAGAAGCAAAGCGUGCCCUAGUAGUUGGACAAGCCUUGGCCGGUGUUCCAUUGUGGCAGCUAGGUCCUGAAAGUAGACGCCCAGGUGUUCCAUACAUUGUUUUUCCAGGAAAUGUUGGUGAUGAUAAAGCAGUGGCAGAAGUAGUGAAAAAUUGGGCUUGUCUUGUUAGACCAUCAACAAAAGAUCUCCUUCUUAAUGCCGAAAAGGGUGGAUAUGCAGUUGGAGCAUUCAAUGUAUAUAAUCUUGAAGGGGUCGAUGCUGUUGUUGCUGCAGCAGAAGCAGAAAAGAGCCCUGCCAUUUUACAGAUUCAUCCAAGUGCACUCAAGCAUGGAGGAAUCCCCUUGGUUGCAUGUUGCAUCUCUGCUGCAGAACAGGCGAAUGUGCCAAUAACGGUUCACUUUGAUCAUGGAAAUUCUAAGGUUGAGUUGUUGGAAGCUCUUGAACUGGGAUUUGAUUCUGUCAUGGUUGAUGGUUCUCAUCUUCCUUUCAACAAAAACAUUUCAUACACAAGGGACAUAUCAUUCUUAGCCCGCUCAAAAAAUAUGUUAGUGGAAGCUGAACUCGGGCGGUUAUCGGGAACUGAAGAUGACUUGACAGUUGAAGAUUAUGAAGCAAAAUUGACUGAUGUUACACAAGCACAAGAAUUCAUUGAUGCAACGGGUAUUGAUGCUUUAGCAGUAUGUAUUGGAAAUGUUCAUGGAAAAUACCCGACAAGUGGCCCCAAACUCAGGCUUGAUUUGCUAAAGGACCUUCAUGCAAUGGCAUCAGAAAAGGGAGUUGUUUUGGUUCUUCAUGGAGCCUCUGGCUUGCCCAGGGAACUUGUAAAGGAAUGCAUCGAGCUCGGUGUUAGAAAGUUCAACGUGAACACGGAGGUCAGAAAUGCGUAUUUGGAAUCCCUACGCGAUCCCAAGAAAGAUCUCAUUCAUGUAAUGGCAUCGGCAAAGGAAGCCAUGAAAGCAGUGGUUGCAGAGAAAAUGCGUCUCUUUGGUUCCACUGGAAAGGCAGUGUUGUGACGCAACAGAUACGCCCAUGAAUUCUGAAAUUUAUAUUGUUCGGGACCCAAUGAAAUCUUGGGACCUAUUUAUUGUGAAAAUGGUUGAUUUUAUCUUUUGGCAUGUUUGGUUUAGAACCCAGCCCAAUUUAAAAUUGUUUGUUUAAUACUAGCUAAGUUCUCAUUAACUAAAUUUGCCUCUGUUGAGUAAGUAUUGGCUCUGAUGAUUUAUCAGCA